UUCCGCAAUGAGGAUUGUGCAAGUUUCGCUUUCUUCAUGCUGGACAGUACAGUACAGUACACCGUACGGUAGCACGCGGUUGACUCAUAGGUCACGCAUGAAAUUCAAUUAAGGUACGAGUGCUUGCACGAUCAAUGAACAGUGACAGCAGCAGCACACAAUACCGGCCGCUGCGUCUAGUGCUCUACUCGAUUGGAUCUUCAGAACGGUUGAACAGACCGUGGCAUGAGCAGUCAGCUCGAGUGAAGUGAUUCUUAACGGUCUCGGUCGAUUAGUCGCUCGGCAUAUUGCUCAAGUGUAUGUUUGAUUAAUUUUAAGCCGAUAAAAGCCGAAUCCCCAUGCCAUGGAAAUCGAUGAGUUCUAUCGAGCCGACAGGGCGUCAUCACGAUGUCGGAACUGUGUUGAGAGGAUUUCUAAUUGUCGUAGCCAUUUAAUUAUCCCGGAUAAGGCGGCUGCACUUUAAUGUCAAUCGAUUGCUGCGGAUGCUUUGGAUGCUGCACACGAGAAGCAGAAAUGCAAAUGGCUUUUACGAAUGCAGUUAUUGGAUAACGCAAGGUCGCUGCAAAACGGAGAAAGGUAGCAGAAGGGCAGCAGGGCUUUGAAAUGUUGAACCUCCAUUCCAUUUUCAUUUACAAACGGGAAUCGACCGGGCGUCGAUUACGUGAGAGGAAUGAUUCAUGUGCUUUUGCAGGAACGAGCAACCUUGACAUAUUUACGAUCCGUGACCAAAUGCGUACCGAGUUCAAGCGUAGCAUAUUUUCGACCGGGCACGUGUGGGACGUGAUGAAUAAUAAUUUGCUCUUAUUGGAUAGUUCGGAUUGGGAACAGGGAGAGGGUUCAAACUUCGCAUAACUCUUGGUGCAGUGUCGAUGGUCGAUGGAGCUCUCUUUUGAUGGGGUACAGCACAAGCAUUCAAGAUCUAUGGAACGCUGUUCUUUGAGACAUUAUAGCGGUAUUUUGUAUUUUAAUGUUUAUUUUAGUUGUUUAUUUUCUUUGCAAAUUCUAUCGCUUUUAAUGCAUACCAAGCUGUAUGUACAGUAGAGUUACAGUUAAGAAUAAUCUACCCUUGUAGUAUCCGUAUAUUGUUCACGUCAAAUACUCUCCCACUUCUCAACACUUUUUGGUGAUUCGACAAUUGCAUGGCGUUUGAUGGCCUCCAUUGCCAGUAAUUCUCAUCGCCAUUCAGUAAUUCAACAUCGCCUUUUUCUACUUUUCAAUGGAGCUGAGGUUAAAAUGCUUUAUUACCGUUCCUGUUAGCAUGUCCAGCACAAUUCUCUUCCAUAAGUAAACUGGACCGAACGAACGCUCCAGAAGCAACAGUUGUACCGCCUACCGGAAGAGUUCAUGAUCAUCACCCAGGUCUGUUGUAGAUCGACCAAAGUUAAGCUCGGUGUUGCAGUAUCGCACGAUACGCGACACCGGAACAGUGACGCCUGAUAACAGACCUGCUGCUGGAUGCAGUUACCGGAUGGCAUGGAAAUAGCUUUUGCGUAGUUGAUCAUCACCGUUUGCCGGAAAUUGGACGUAGGCACAUGGAACGAUCGAGCACCGUACUCGAUCUGGUAUAAAAAGCGAAUAUUUACGGUGUUUGAUAGGGCAUUCGUUCCGCUCGAGCACGCGGGACCACCGGAGUAUCACAGAGCCACAGUCCUAUGUGUACCAGUUCUAGUUCAGUUUAACCGGUGAAACACGAUGAAGUAUCUGGGCGUUUGGCUGCCGUUGCUGUUGCUUGGCAGCAUCCUACUGGGUCAAAAUGCCCAGGCGCUAUCGGUGCGUUCACGGAGAGACCUUGCCGAGCAGGCCAUGGGAGCAGUGAUGCAGGGCGCUGCCAAGAUUAAGGAAGCACUCGAUCACGGUAUUGGUCUGAAAUCGGAAGGAAAGCGAUCUAUCGAUAUCUUUGGUUUCAAGUUUGGCACCAAUACCGGCAUCAAUGGUGGCUUCGGGGAUGCGGCCAAUUCGGGUGCCUCGGAGAAUACGGACGAUCUGGUAAGGCGUCGCCGUUCGCUGGAUGUGCUGAGUGCAGCGCGCGCGGCCAGCCUCAUGCCCCAGUCACCGUUCGGUACGAACGUGAACAUCGUUAAGGUCAGUUCCGUCUCGAAUGUGAACAACUUUGGCGAACUGCCACCAGUGGAGAGUGGAGAAGUGGUUGCGACCACAACUGUCGCUGCUAGACGCAAACGAUCGCCGGAUAUACUGCAAGUCGGUAACUACGAGAAAAAAUCCUUCAGUUUGGACAGUGAAAUAGCCGGUGGAAAGGUGCGGAAAACUCAUGAAGCCCUGGAAUCGAUCCGAGGAUCGAACCGUGUCUUAGUGAAGCAGCUUCAUCGUAGCAAGCGAGCACCGCAGACAUCGGACACUGAUGAUGAAGAGAGUUCCACCGAUCAAGGACCACCGAAGGGAAAACCACGUGGACGGCCAAGGGGACCACCGCCCGGUGGAUGCCGAGGACCACCACGUGGCCCUCCACCGGAAGACGCUGAUGAUGACUCCACUAGUACGACAACAUCGAACCGCCGCAAACGAGAUACCAGCCACAGUGAGACCAUUGGAAAGCGCCCCAAACGAUCACCUGUCCCUUGUCGUGGUGGUGAUGGUGGUGGUAAAGGAGCUCGAACAACGGUCGCACCAGACGGAGAGGUGAGAAGGAAGCGAUCGGCAGCGAGCCAUGCCAGCCAUGCCCACUCCAGCAUGGACAGCAAUGACUACAGUGCGGAAAGUGAAUCGGUCGAGGCGCAGGUGGGCACUUCGGCGCUCAAUCCGACCACCCAGGAGCGACGCAAACGUCUGAUCGAUUUCGGUGGAGGUGACGGUGACGGUGGCGGUGCGUCCGGAAAGAUCGGCAGUUGGUUCGAACAGAUGGCUCACGUGUUUAUGGAAACGGUUGGUAAGGUUGUGGCUGCCACGAAAAAUGCAUUCAGCAAGGGAAGCGGCCAGCAAGGAAUGUAACGCGCCCGAGAGUGCCACAGAGAGUGUCUGUGGUUUGUGUGAUUUUGGCUGACAGCAUCGGUUCAGGGACAGUACCCCAGGUGCUGCGCGCCGGAGAUGCAAUGCAAUAAAGUGUAAUCCGACGGACACCGUCAUCCAGGCUUGUGACUGCAUUAAUGACCAGCGUAUGGUAAUCAUUUGGCGCAUUCAUACCGACAAUCGCGCAGCGUGCGAAUCGUGGCUAACGAUCACAGCAGCAUUCGGAUUGAGACAAACAGAUAGAAGCCGGUAAAAGUUAUAAUUAGCACGUCAACAACUUGCUGCGAAUGGGUUGGAAAAUUAUGGGCUCGUGUGCUGUUCGAACAUGGAAACCCAAAUGGACAAAGCUAAUGGAGCUAUGGUAUCGCCUUUAGGGAAAAACAAAUGAAAACUUAUCUUCUCACCGGUCAUUACGCUGGAGGCGCACACAGUGUGUAGCAACUUUGUUCGCUAUCGCGCGCGCCGGUGUACGCCACGUGCCACCUAGAAUGGGAGGGCCUUUGAGUAGUCUUUCUGCCUACCUGCCUGCCUAAUUAUGCCAUGAAUAUUUAUUUAUUAUUCCAGUAAAAUACGAUAAUGAACGCAAGCUCAAAGUUUCCAGACCCCUUUGACCUGCCUGGUGGAACUGCGUUGAGCUGCUCCAACUAAGCAAUGUGGUCGCUGACUCUGAAUCACACGUCUUGGCAACUGCAAUCA